AUGAGUUCAUUAUUAAAAGAAAUUAAAAAACGCAUAAAACCAAAAAAUAUAAGAUCUCAAUAUGUAAAUAUGGAAGUUAUUGCUGAUGUCUUUGCAGAGGAAGAAGAAGAAGAGAAAGCUGAAUGUGAAAAUAUAAAAAAUGCAUUAAAAAAAAGGCUAAACCUGAAUGAACUAUUUAAUACUACUGGAAUGUUAAAAAAAUCUCUUGAAUUUAUUGAUGAUGAUGAAGUUCGCAAUAAAACAAAGGAUUUAUUAAAAAACAAAUAUGAUCAAUUUAAAGCUAAUCCUUUAAUAAUACCUGCCGCUCCUUUAACAUUAUUAUCUAACCAAUCCUCUCUAUUUUCAAUUUUUAAAUAA